AUCAGGUUCCGGUGGAAAAGGAGAAGGCUCAUCGGGGUCUGGUGUCAAAGUAGAGGGCUUUUCGAAAUCUGGUGGGAAAGGAGAGGGCUCAUCAAAGUCUGGUGGGAAAGGGGAAGGCUCAUCAGGGUCUAGCAUGGCGAAUAAAUAUGAUUUAUAUGAUCUCGUGUGCUUUGGCCGAAAAGAUUUUGGCCUUAUCUUAGGCAUGGAGAAAGACAAUUGUUAUAAGAUUUUGAAAGGUUCAGAUGGACCUGAUGUUGUCUCUGUUGACAUGAAAGAGAUAAAGAGUGGACCAAUAGAUACAAAAUUUACUGCCUUUGAUCGGAACACAAAGAAUGUAUCAGUUAAUGAUCUUGUGAAGGUUGCAGAAGGUCCAUCUGAGGGUCAGCAAGGGACUGUAAAACAAGUAUAUAGAGGGAUCUUAUUUCUGUAUGAUGAAAAUGAAACAGAAAAUGGGGGUUAUUUCUGCUGCAAGUCUUCAAUGUGUGAGAAAAUCAAGCUUUCUUUCGAUGCAUGUAGUGAAAAGAAUGAUGAAGCACGUUCUUCUGGUUUUGGAGAUUUUUCUUCAUCUCCAAAAUCUCCUCUUUCGCCCAAAAAGCCAUGGCAAGCGAGAGAAAGCAAUAGUAACUUUAACCGAGGAGAUAAUGAUAGUAUGUUCUCUGUCGGUCAAACCUUGAGAAUCCGAGUGGGUCCAUUAAAGGGUUACCUCUGUCGUGUCUUGGCAAUACGCUUCUCUGAUGUUACAGUGAAACUAGAUUCCCAGCAUAAGGUUCUUACAGUCAAGUCUGAGUAUCUUUCUGAGGUUCGUGGGAGGAGUUCUGCCAUGUCUCUCGGGGAUGAUACAGGAUCUGGUUCAUUGAAACCCUUUGAUCUACUUGGAGCAGAGGGCAGCUCUGGAGAUUGGUUGGAUAGAGCAGGUGCAUCUGCAGGGGGUGAUAAUAGAUGGAAUGGUGGAAGGCCCUCAGCUGAAAGGAGUUCUUGGCCUAGUUUCAACACCUCUGGCAUCUCGCUUCAGACACAGCCAAAUCCUGCUAAUCUGUUUGGUUCUGAGGAGAGUAAUUUAAAAGAUUCAAAUCAAAAUUCAACUUGGGGAGCAGCAGCAGCUGGCAAGAAACCUAUUGGUAAUGGUCAAGUUAGUGGUUGGAACAGCUGGGCAAAAGCUACUGUUGAAGAUGGCUCUGGCAAUGGUGGAUCUGAUGGUUGGGGUGCCACUGGAGAUUCAUUAGGCUCUUCGAAAGAGGCUUGGAAUAGCUGCCACAACAAGGAGACCUCUGAGAAGUGGAGCAACAACGAUUGUGCCGGUGGAAACACAUCAAACUGGAACAGUUCCAUGCCUGUAGCAGAGAAUCCAACUGGAGACUGUGGAAAUGCUUGUCGGAGCUGGGCUCAGCAGGAAGCAGAAACUGAUCAAGCGGGUGGCUGGAAGAAAGCUAAAAUAGGCAGUGGAAGUGAAACUGCUGAGGUUGGCUGCACAAAGAAUUUUGGAGAUGAUGCAGCAGGUUGGAAGAAAAGUGGUUCUAGUAAUGAAGAUCAGACUGAGAGUUGGAGCAAGCCAAUGGCUUCUGGCAAUAAUGGAGGAACAUCUUGGGAAAAGCAAGAUAGGGGUCCUAGUUGGGGAAAGCAAGAUGGCGGUUCUGGUUGGGGUAAGGAAGGGGGUUCCUCUUGGAGCAAACAAGAAACAGGUUUUUGUGGUGAGCAAGAUGGAAGUUCAUCCUGGAGCAACAGGGAGAUUCUCAUGGUAAACAAGAGAGUGGCUCAUCUUGGAGCAACGAGAUGGGGAUGCCUCAUGGAGCAAACAAGAGGGAAACCGUAUCAAAAAACAUGGAGGUGUUUGCCAGAAAAAAGAUGGCGGUUCUUCUUUGAGCAAGCUAGAUGGAGACUCUUCAUGGAACAAAAAAGAUGGGAACACGCAAGACUGGGUUUCCUCGUGGGGCAAACCAGAUAGUGGUUCUUCUAGCAAACAAGGAGGAGGUUCUUGGAACAAACAAGACGGAGGCCCCUCAUGGAGCAAACAGGAUAAGGAUUCCUCAUGGAGCAAGCUAGAGGAGAACCAGAGCAAGCAAGAUGUGGUUUCCUUAGGGAGGAAA